CAGGUCUCUCGGAGAGGAACGCGCAGCGGCUGAGGAAACAAGACUAGAACCCAUCUCUAUUCUGGCUCCACAGCUUAAAAACUGCGACUGUGAUUCUCUCCUUAUCUCUACCUGGCAUUCUCAUCAACUUAGGGAAUACAAACAUCUUGCAAGAAUCAAUUUGAAAAGGACAGACGGCCCUCACAGCCCCCUGUGCCUACACCCCAGUGAUGCUUAGCUGCUGUAUCCCGGAGGCCCAGCUUGACAGCUAGAGGAGAGGUCAUCACCAUGACUGCGUCCUCACAGGACUCCGCCCCCUCGUCUAUGGCUGGCCUCUUCCUACUCCUUCUCCUCCCGGCUGUUUUCACGCAGAACUCUGCUGUCCCAACGACCCCGACCCCAUCCUCGUUGGACCCCCUGACCCAUCCGGAGUGCACAAAGAAAGAACACCCAAAGGUUUCCAUCAGAGCGCUCAGUCCGUGGAUUUCAUCCUUCUCCCACCCUGGUGUGAGAGACUACUCCCAGCUCACCCUUGACCUGACUAGGAAUGAGCUUAUUGUGGGUGCCAGAAACUACCUUUUCAGACUGGACCUCAGUAACCUGUCACUGAUACAGGCGACAGAAUGGGCACCGGACGAGGAGACCAGGGGGUCCUGCCAGAGCAAAGGCAAAACAGAGACCGAAUGUCAGAACUACGUCAGAGUCCUGCUGGUGAACAAGACGGAGGUCAUAACGUGCGGAACCAAUGCUUUCCAGCCGCGUUGUAUCGCCAGAGAGGUGGGCAACUUGAGUAGCGUGCUGGAGAGCGUGAACGGCGUGGCCCGCUGCCCGUACGACCCUCGUCACAACUCCACGGCGGUGGUGACAGAGAGCGGAGAGCUGUAUGCCGCCACUGUUAUCGAUUUCUCCGGCCGUGACCCCGUCAUAUACCGGAGCUUGGGCGGCAUGCCACCACUCCGGACUGCCCAGUACAACUCCAAAUGGCUGAAUGAACCCCACUUUAUCUCGGCCUACGACGUCGGCCUCUUCACCUUCUUCUUCCUGAGGGAGAAUGCAGUGGAGCACGACUGCGGCAAGACGGUGUAUUCCCGCGUGGCGAGGGUCUGCAAGAACGACAUCGGCGGGCGAUUUCUCUUGGAGGACACUUGGACCACGUUCAUGAAGGCGAGGCUCAACUGCUCUCGCUCCGGGGAGAUCCCCUUCUACUACAACGAGCUGCAGAGCACCUUCUACCUUCCCGAGCAAGACCUUAUCUACGGCAUCUUCACAACCAAUGUCAACAGUAUUGCAGCAUCUGCAGUGUGUGCCUUCAACUUGAGCGCCAUCACCCAGGCCUUCAACGGGCCUUUCCGCACCCAGGAGAAUCCUCGUUCCACUUGGCUUCCCACGCCCAACCCCAUCCACAAUUUCCAGUGCGGUACUAUAGAUGACAAGGGUCUGAAUCAGGGCUUGACAGAGCGCAGUCUGCAGGACGCCCAGCGGCUUUACCUCAUGAACGAUGUUGUCCAGCCGGAGUCUAUUGAUCCGCUGGUCAUGCAGGAUGACGUUCGCUUCUCAAACCUAGUCGUGGACAUUGUUCAGGGCAUGGACACCCUCUUCCAUGUUAUGUACAUCAGCACAGAGUACGGCACCAUCCUGAAGGCACUGGCUACCCCCAACAAGAACCUGCAAGGCUGUUACCUGGAGGAGAUGGAGCUCUUCCCAUCAGGUGUUCGAGAACCGAUCCUGAGCCUGCAGAUCCUGCAUAGUGACAGGUCACUCUUUGUUGGGCUCAACAACAGAGUCCUGAAGAUCCCGCUGGAGAGAUGCUCCACCUACAAAACGGAGACACUGUGCUUGGAGGCGAGGGACCCUUACUGCGGCUGGGACUUUAGGCAGCGCAGAUGCACCACGUUGGAGGACAGUUCUAACAUGAGCCAGUGGAAGCAGAACAUCACCGUUUGUCCGCUGCGGAACCAGACCAUCGACGGCGGCUUCGGGCCCUGGGCACCGUGGCAACCCUGCAACAAUGAUGAUGUUGUUGAUGGUGUGAGCUCCUGUUUGUGUCGCUCCAGAUCUUGUGACAGUCCUGCCCCUCGGUGUGGAGGCAAAAACUGCGAGGGCCCCACCAUCGAGGUGUCAAACUGUUCAAGAAAUGGAGGCUGGACACCCUGGUCGUCAUGGGGACAGUGUAGCACAACCUGCGGUACAGGCUUCGAGCUGCGCCAGCGUUCUUGUAACAACCCCUCACCUCGCCACGGUGGCCGUGUGUGUGUCGGGCCUAGCAGGGAUGAAAGGUUCUGCAAUGAAGGGGUGUCCUGUCCCCAGCCUAUCUUCUGGACCCCGUGGGGCUCCUGGACAAAGUGCAGCACCGAGUGCGGUGGAGGUGUCCACUCCAGGGUCCGCACUUGCGAGAAUGGCAACAGCUGCCCAGGAUGUGCAUUGGAGUACAAGGCCUGUAACCUGGAGGCUUGUCCAGAGGUGAAGAGGAACACACCUUGGACACCCUGGAUGCCCGUCAAUGUCACUCAGGGAGGAGCUCGUCAAGAGCAGAGGAUGCGCUACAUGUGCAGGGCCCACCUGUCUGAUCCUCACGAGCUGCAGAUUGGACGGAAGAAGGUGGAGACGCGCUUCUGUCCUAACGAUGGCACAGUGGCCUGUGAGACAGAUACCCUUGUCGAGGAACUCCUCAAGACUCCAGUGGUGAGAGUAUCGGGCACAGGCUGGUCAUCAUGGGAGACCUGGUCAAGCUGCUCACACAGUUGCGCAAAAGGUUAUCGCACCCGUCGGCGAACCUGCUCUGGCCCAGAGGGGAAGAGUGCCCCUGUGGCCUGCCGUGGCUCGCCUGUGGAGUAUCAGGACUGUAAUGUCCAGGCAUGUCCAGUGAACGGUGCCUGGUCCUGCUGGUCGUCCUGGUCUCAGUGCUCAGUGGGUUGCGGUGGCGGGCACUACCAGCGGACACGCUCCUGUAACAGCCCCGCGCCUUCCAAUGGUGGAGACAUUUGCAUAGGACUACACACCGAGGAAGCCCUAUGCAACACACACCCUUGCGAUGGUGGCUGGAUGGCCUGGUCGCUGUGGUCGGCCUGUGAUGACUCAGGCCUGCAGAUGAGGAGUCGUGUGUGUGGUGCUCAGGGCAACACCCCCUGUGUGGGGAACAGCACUCAGCGUAGAGACUGCAAUGAAAUACCCGUCAUUCUCCCUGCAUCUGGUUUUGAUAAGGACCAACACUGUGGAGCAUUUACCUCCAUCCACCUAAUUGCCACUGGUGUUUCCUGUUUCCUUGGGGCGGGGCUGCUAUCUUUCCUGAUCUAUGUGUACUGUCAACGUUUCCACAAGCCUUCUCAAGAGUCUGCCAUCAUUCAUCCCACCACCCCAAACCACCUCAACUACAAGGGCAAUACCACGCCAAAGAAUGAGAAGUACACACCAAUGGAGUUUAAGACACUGAAUAAAAACAACCUGCUGCCAGAUGAAAGAUCCAAUUUCUACCCAACACCGCUCCAGCAGACGAACGUCUACACCACCACCUACUAUCCCACAGCGCUCGGCAAAUUUGACUACCAGCCCAACUCAUCCCCAUCACCGUGCAGGACCUACAACCACACUAACAAUAGCUGAGACCCGCCCCAAAUCCGGCUCUCCACCCCGCUGCCCCAAACGGACGCCACCCCCCAAUGCCAUGGUGACAUAACUGAACCGACAUGAACUGAAGUGUUUUUCAGAGCUUGGCCAAGUUCCUCUGAUCACCAUCGCCCCCUGUCUUUGCUUUCUAGCCUCUUCACGUUUGUUUUUAAGGGUCUUUUUGGAACUUUCCAUCAGGAGAUCUGGAUUGGAGAGGAAUGCCCCUGUCCUAUUAUAGUCAGGAACUUGUGCAAGCAGCUGGGGCUGUGUUGUUGUAAAGGCCUGACUGGAUAACGCAGUGUCAACUCUCAGCUUCAUGCAGAGAACUAGUGGAAAACUCUACGAGGACGAGUAACGGCUUUAGACAGAUUGUUAUUACCGCGCACUUCAGUGCCGAUGCCGGGUCGGUCGAGCAUCCGCACUUCUAGAGGCUAACACGAACACAAUAAAUUUAAAAAGAAGAAACAUUUCUGUGGAGCUGGGUCACCGUUUUAUGCCUCUCCAUCACAAACCACAUUUUCAGCUUGUAAUGAACUUCGAGUCCCUCGACAGCAAAAGCAGUUACAGAGAACAAAAAGCACGUAUAGCUACGUCCUUGCAACACAGCACAAAGCAAGAGAACAACAGUAAAAAAGAGAAAGCUCAAUGAAGUCAAUGCUGGAGUAAAUUAGAGAUCAAUAUCAGCUCGGUUGUUUGGGGGAGGGGGAUCCACGCCCUUCAUUGUUGCUAUUUCACACGACAGAAAAGAUAAGAAGUUUGGGGUUGAUUAGGGUUUGACUACGCUUCACAUCAUCCUCAGUCGAAGGAGAAAUAUACCGCUUAUGAGUCGAGUCCCUUGUCUUUAGUGGGCAGGGAUAUCGACUCCUACAGUCAAAGCACGGAGCGUUGGAAGCGUUCUGAACUGUAAAAGCUUUGGGAAUUCCGUGGGUGCCUGUAUGCAAUAGAAGGCAGGGGCGAGAUUUGUUUUAUUUCUACUUUUUUUUCCUCUAUUUUUUGUUUUGCUUUUCAAGAACAAUACAGACUUCUGGAAAGGAAUUGAUUGAUUCUCCAAUUGAUUCUCCAAUGGAUGCAUCGAUUCUGCUGAGUGCUAAAUAGCCCGGUGGUCAUAUCAAAUAUGGCCAGUGUGCUGAACAAGUGGAUUGGGUUUUCUAUGAUGGUAGAAUAAGCUAGUAGAUUGUCACUUGUUCAUUUUUUUUUUUUAAUGUUUGUUUUUCUAAGAUGAUAAUUGUUUUAUGCUCAGAUGAGCUGUAGCAUAGGAAGAAAUAUUUUGUUAAAUAAGAUAACUAAUUAUUUCUUGUUUCUCUAAUUUCCAUUUCACUGAAUGAACACAUUCCUUUUGUUUUUGAUUGUUCGGCUUUGUGACCAUUGCAUCUUCGAUACAUGAAAUGUUAACACACAAAAAAAAUAAAAGGAUUUCAAUUAUAUUGUUUUUGCAAAGAAUGUCAAAAAAUAUCGAUCUGGGCCCUCUUGAAGAGAAAAGAAAAUUGCUGAAUUACGCUUGCCUAAGUUUACCAGUGAACAUCAAAAGGGAUGCAUGCGUGUCUGAAUGUAAGUGUGCUUGAAUGAGCAAAGAGAGCCUACUGUAUUUUGUACAAUGUAAAUGCUUUCAUACAUAUGACUAUGACGUCUGCAAAGCGUGUGUAUGAGUGUGCGUGUGUGUGCGUGUGUGUGCACUUCUCCACAUUGUGUUGCAGGCAUUCUACUGUUUCCUUUUCCUGUUUCAUGUCUGAGAUGUUAAUCAUUGUAAGUUAAAGCAUCACACCUCUGGUCCGUGCGGAGGUGGAAUGGACGUUAUUUAUAGUCAAAGCUUGGUUUAUAAAGGGCAUUCUCACAGCUAUAUUUUAUUAUUAUUGCCUGAUCGAUGAAUGCUAACCCAGCAAUGCUUUUCAGUUCAGCUAAUGUACAUGCACGAGAUGAGAGCUCUAUCUGUAUAUAGGAGCGACAGCCUUCUACCCAUUUAAUGUCCUUGAAGACAGUUGUGUAUAUGUAUCUGUAUAUUGUAUAGCUAACACUGUUUGUUUAAAAAAAAGCCUUAUAGUUGUUUAAAGAGAAAAAAAGUACAGCAGCUAAGUACACACCAACCAUGAGGUUUGUUUGGGGACAGAGCUCCACAACGUGACCGACCGCUUGUGACUUGUGACCUUUCCCAGCUGCUCAAACACAAAAUCUCCAGAGUCACAUGAACCCGGAAUGAAAAUAACCCACCAAUGAGAGUACCGCGUAUCAUACGCUGGAAAUGAUCAUUUAUAACGGCGAUAUGAAAUUUAAAAAGAUGUCAUUUUGAUGUAAACUCAGCUUGUGGUCAGACGGGCGUUCAACUGACUGGUCGAUCUCGAGCUCUGUCCCCUGCGAUGUGAGGCUCUGUGUCCUUCUAUGCAACUUACCAGGUGUACUGUUAGACCUGUCAUGUAGACAAAUGUAUAGUAAUCACUGCCUUUUAGACACUGUGAAUUUUUGGUACCCUAUAUUUUUGUAUAUUGUACAUUAUCAAAGGACAAUAAACCUUGAU